AUGGUUCCCUCUAGCCUCUUGGCCACGCUUAUUCUCGCAGCAAUCGUCUCUGCAAACCCUAUUUUGAUAAACACGUCCCCUGUGACUCUGCCGCUGUCUCGUCGUACGAACUUUACGAGUGUGCAUAACCUUCUCAAACGCGAUCAAACAAGAGCGAAGUUCUUCAAGGCAAAAGGCAUUGCAAAGGCUACCGGAAACAACUUUCAUGAAGACUUCAUCAACGAACCGAUUACUAACCAGGCUGUAACUUACGUUGCAAAUGUGGGGAUCGGCAGCCCACCCACGACUUAUUCUCUCUUGAUAGAUACCGGGAGUUCAAACACAUGGGUUGGAGCUAACAAGGCCUACGUCAAGACCGGCACUAGCGUCAAGACUUCGAAUACAGUGUCUGUAAAAUAUGGCUCAGGGUCCUUCUCUGGGGUUGAAUUCACUGACACGGUAACCCUGGCUUCUGGCCUCGUAAUCAAGAAGCAAUCUAUUGGGGUUGCUUCAGAGUUCGAAGGAUUUGACGGAGUGGAUGGUAUACUGGGUAUUGGGCCCGUGGAUCUCACAAUAGGAACACUCUCCGAGGCGUUCGACACUGCAGUACCCACCGUCACUGAUAACCUUUUUACCGAGGGGAUAACUGCUUCAAAUGAAAUUGCAAUUUCCUUUAAGCCUACCGUUGUGGAGGACGACGUAAAUGGCGAAAUUACAUGGGGAGGAAUUGAUUCUUCCAAGUUUACAGGACCAAUGACAUAUAUCCCCAUGACAUCUACUUCACCUGCAGAUCAAUACUGGGGUAUUGAUCAAUCUGUACGAUAUGGGUCGUCAAAUACCAUCCUGUCCACCACUGCUGGAAUUGUCGACACUGGAACAACUCUGAUUCUCCUCGCCACUGAUGCUUUCAAGAAAUAUCAGACCGCAACUAAGGCCACUCUCGAUAGCACCACUGGAUUAUUAAAGCUAUCCUCUGCGAAUUUCAACGCUCUGCAAAGUCUCUUCUUCAUUGCUGGGGGAACCACUUUCGAGCUGACUGCAAAUGCUCAAAUCUGGCCUCGAGCACUCAACGCCGAUAUAGGAGGUGUCGCUGGAAAUAUAUACGUCGUCGUUGCAGACAUGGGAACGCCAAGCGGGCAGGGUCUUGAUUUCAUUAAUGGGUUCACCUUCUUGGAGCGAUUCUACUCCGUCUACGAUACCGGGAGAGGGCGCGUCGGUCUGGCUGCAACCCCUUUUACAAAGUCCAACAUCAAUUAG